AUGAGCAUGGCGGGCUUGGUGCUCCUGGGGCUCAUGCUGAGUGCUGGGGCCACUGUGGCUAAGUCAGAAGGAAGCAACCUCUGCUCAAGGAGCCAGGUGUUCUUCAGAGAUGCUUGCUAUGAGUUUGUGCCACUGGAACACACCUUCCACGGCGCCCAGGGCUGGUGUGAAGAGCAUGGAGGCCAUCUGGUCUUCAUUCCCGAUGAAGACACCCAGCAGUUCCUGCAGAGACACAUUACCCAGGACAGAGAAUGGUGGAUCGGACUCACGGGAGGCUCAGUGAACAAUGGCACCACGGGAGGCUCUGGGUCCUGGCUGGAUACCUCAAAUGUCAACUACAGCAACUGGCAGGAAGGGCAGGCCACACCUGCCCCAUGGACCUGUGGCUACAUCAGAAGUGGCCCUUCAUCUCAGUGGGCUGCCCUAGAGGAUUGUGAACAGACCUUUGCCUUCAUCUGCGAGUUUGGGGUCGGCCACAGCCUGGCUUGUGAGGGCCACAACGCCACUAUGCACUGUGACUGGGGGGAGGUCAUCCUGGUCCAGAAUGCUUUCUUCGGGCGCCAGACCCCCUAUUUGUGCACUCGGGGUGUCUGGCCUCCCUCAGACCUGGAAGGAGAAUGUGUCUGGAUCAGCGUCAAGGAUGAGGUGGCAGGCCAGUGUCAGGGGCUGCAGGCAUGCCAGGUUGCAGCAGAUGGGACCUACUUUGGAGACUCGUGCCCCACCAGGGGCAGCUACCUGUGGGUGCAGUACCAGUGUCUGGAAGGUCUGCGGCUGGUGGCGCCCCACAAGAGCUUCAUCUUAGACAAUGUCACCAUCUCCCUGAUGUGGCUCCUUUCUCCCUACACUGGAAACCUGUCCUGUGUACUCAGCAUGGGAGACGGCCAUACUUUUGACCCCUACUACCCUCCCAGUGUGUCCAGCAACGUGACCCACCAGUUCACCUCUCCUGGGGAGUUCACAGUGUUUGCUGAGUGUACAACCAGUGAGUGGCACGUGACCGCUCAGAGGCAAGUGAUAAUUCGAGAGAAGGUGGAGACGCCCCGUGUCACUGGGUGCGCUGGCCUGUCUGGAUCUGGAGCCAGCCUUCUCUGUCAAGCUGUCUUUGGGGAACCCCUGUGGAUUCAAGUGGAUCUGGAUGGAGGAGCCAGGGUGACUUACGCUCUGCUUUCGGGUAAUAGAACUCUGGCUGAGUUCACCACCUGGAGGGGCUCGCAGCUUUACAAUCUGACCCUGGACAGAGAAAUCCAGGAGCUGCUGGGCCCUGGAAGGCACCGCCUGAAGAUCCAAGCUGUCAGCAAUAGUACCGCCUCUGCCCCUUCUGGAAACUUCACUGUGUGCUUUGUGGAGCUGCUGUCGGGGCUGCGGGCCUCCUGGGCUUCUGACCGCGUGGAACUCGGGUGGGACUUGUUAGUCAAUGUCUCAGUGGCUCGUGGUACCCUGGAGGAGCUGACCUUCGAGGUGGCAGGACUCAACGCGAACUUCUCCCAGAAGGAGGAGAGUACUGGACAGUCAUCUGGGAACUACCACGUGGCCGUUCCUGCUGAAGGCACCUUCCUGGUCACCGUGCAUGUGCGGAACGCUUUCUCAGACCUGAGCCUGGACAUCGGGAACAUCACGGUCACAGCCCCUUCCAGCCUCCAAGAACCGUCUGGAAUAAAUGCUGAAGCAAAGAACGGACACAAACAGGACAUGAAGGUGUUCGCUGAGCCUGAACUGUACAUGGACCCUUUCACAGAAGUCACACUGGGCUGGCCAGAGGAUGAUCCGGGCUUGGACUUCCACUGGUCCUGUGGACGUUGCUGGGCUCAGUGGAAUGCCUGUGUAGAGAGGCAGCUGCUCCACACAGACCAGAGGCUGCUGGUGCUCCAUACCUUCUGUCUGCCACCGCUCAACUCUGCUGUCACCCUGCAUUUGGCUAUCCUAAGGGGCCAAGAGCUGGAGAAAGAGACAGAACAGUGCCUCUAUGUGUCUGCUCCCCUGGACCUUGGGCCUCAAAUCAGCUGUCAGAAGAACUGCCAACCAGUGAAAGCUGACCAAGAUGUUCUGCUCACCGUCACCGUGGGAGAUGAAACUUCCGUAGCCGUGUUCAGCUGGUACCUAGAUGACACCUCACCAGAGAAGGCUGAGCCCCUGCCAGCUGCCUGCAGCCUCAGAGGAUUUUGGCCACGAUCACUGACCCUUCUUCAUAGCAACUCCUCCGUGCUGCUGCUCAACAGCAGCUUCCUGCAGACCUGGGGACCUGUUAUUCCCAUCCGGGUCACAGCACUGACCAGCCACGCCUACGGGGAGGAUACCUAUGUGAUCAGCAUGCUACCUCGGCCUGAAGUGCCUGCCUGCAUGAUUGACCCAGAGGAAGGUUCUGUACUGACGAGCUUCGCUGUGUUCUGCAAUACCCUCACAGCCCCAGGCCCCAUGGAGUACUGCUUCUGCCUGUACUCAGGUUCUUGCCUCCACUGUGGCCCCGAACCAACCCUCCCCGCUGUGUACCUGCCACUUGGAGAGGAAAAGAAUGGCUUUGUCCUGACAGUGGUCGUAUCUGUCACUAACCAGGCAGGGGACAGAGAGCAGACCCAAGUGGCAGUUAAGGUGGGACACAGCUACAUGGGUGUUGAAGAUGUGACAUUCCAGGAAACUGUGUCAGAGAGAAUUGCCACAGCUCUGCACCGUGAGCAUGGUCAUGAACAGCUUCUCCUGCUUGCCAAGGCUGUGUCCUCUGAACUCAACGAGGAGGACCAGAGCCCAGGCUCUGGGCAACUUAGAAUGGACAUCAAGCGGAAGGUCAGAGAGCUUGUGUUGAGAUCCCUGUCCACGGUCACCACAGGCCUGGAGAACAUGCCGAGGGUCCAGGCUUUGGCUGAGGUGCUGAGAGAAGUGACUCACUGCACUGAGGAGCUCACACCUGUGGCCCAGUGGGAGGCCAGCCAAGCUCUGCAGCGUGCCACUGAAGCCCUGUUGGCAGUCAGUACCAAGGUUCGUCCUGAGGAUCAGAGACGCCAGGAAACCACCAGGGCCAUAUUUGAGGCUGUGGGGAGUGUUCUGGAAGCUUCUCUCAGCCAUGGAUCAGAAGACCCCAUCGAGGCCAACAGCAGCCAGGCUCACACUGUGGCCCAGCUGCUUCGGGUUGUAGACCAUUUGCAGAGCGCCCUCCUGCUGGGAACGUUGCCAGGAGACCUUCCAGCCAUCCUGGUCACCCCCUCCAUCUCUGUGUACACAGACAGAAUACAGCCACAGAGUUGGCAAGGCUCUUCGCUGCAUACUGCUGCCGCUGACUCUGUGACCUUCACCCUGCCUGCCGCCACCUUCCUCUGCCCUAUGGAGGACAGCCAGGAGCCUGUGGACAUAAGGAUGAUGAGUUUCUCACAGAACCCCUUCCCUUCCCAAAGCCAAUUUGAUGUCAGUGGAACUGUUGGUGGACUUCGUCUGACCAGCUCCAUUGGCCAUCCCAUCCCAGUGAAGAACCUGUCACAGAACAUCGAGGUAGGCACUGAGCUGUUUAGCCGCCCUUGGUGGCACUUGGCCUUCUCUUCAGCUUGUUUCAAUGAGACCAGAGCCUUGUCUCCUGUAGGUGAUCUUCCCACAUGGAUCCUGCACCCAGAGGAUCUGCCCUUUGGAGAAGGAGUCUACUAUUUGAGGGUGGUCCCCAAGGAUGAUCUGGAAUCUGCCUCUGGCAGGAACCUCACAGUUGGCAUUACCACCUUCCUGACACAUUGUGUGUUCUGGGAUGAAACCCAGGAGACCUGGGACAACUCUGGGUGCCAGGUGGGCCCACGAACCACCACCUCCCAGACGCACUGCCUUUGCAACCACCUCACCUUCUUUGGAAGCACAUUCCUGGUGAUGCCCAAUGCUGUUGACGUCCACCAGACUGCCGAGCUCUUUGCAACCUUUGAGGACAACCCUGUGGUAGUUACCACCGUGGGCUGCCUCUGUGUGGUCUAUGUGCUGGUGGUGAUCUGGGCCAGGAGAAAGGACAUACAGGAUCAGGCCAAGGUGAAAGUCAUAGUCCUGGAGGAUAAUGAUCCCUUUGCUCAGUAUCACUACCUGGUGACAGUCUACACCGGACACCGGCGAGGGGCAGCCACGUCUUCAAAGGUGACUCUCACCCUGUACGGCUCGGAUGGAGAGAGUGAGCCCCACCACCUGUCAGAUCCUGAUGCUGCGGUUUUUGAGCGAGGAGGGGUUGAUGUCUUCCUGCUUUCCACUCUGUUCCCCCUGGGGGAACUGCGAAGCCUCAGGCUGUGGCAUGACAACUCUGGGGACCGGCCAUCAUGGUAUGUGAGCCGGGUGCUAGUCUAUGACUCUGUGGUGGACCGGAAGUGGUAUUUCCUCUGCAACUCGUGGCUGUCUGUCGAUGUUGGAGACUGUGUCCUGGACAAGGUGUUUCCUGUGGCCACAGAGCAGGACCGGAAGCAGUUUAGCCACCUAUUUUUCACUAAAACCUCCACGGGCUUCCAGGAUGGACACAUCUGGUAUUCAGUCUUCUGCAGUUCCACUCGGAGCCGCUUCACACGUGUGCAGAGGGCAUCCUGCUGCUUCUCGAUGCUUCUCUGCACCAUGCUGACUAGCAUCAUGUUCUGGGGUGUCCCUAAGGACCCAGCUGAGCAGAAGAUGGACUUGGGCAAAAUUGAGUUCACUUGGCAGGAGGUGAUGAUUGGGUUAGAGAGCUCGGUCCUUAUGUUCCCCAUCAACCUCCUGAUUGUCCAGAUCUUUCGGAACACCCGCCCUCGUCUCCCGAUGCAGAAGGAUAGGAAACAGAAACGGGGACCCCCUAACCUGACUGCCUCACUGCAGCCCACGGAGGAGGGACUUCUGACACCUGAAACAGUGACCAAGGGUCUACAGAGUCUUAUCAGCUCACUGUUUAAGGCCCUGAAGGUGCCACCCCCAGCCUCAGGCUGGGACUCUGUGAACCCGAUGGAUAUUAACUACCUCCUGGCCUUAAUGGAGGACAUUGUCUGUCCAGAGAGCACAGCGGGACAGGGGUUCUUUGAGGAAGCCAAAGGGAGAGAGGACCCUUUCACCUCCACAUGUGGGUCUGCUAAACCAAAAGAGAAUACAUGGCCCCCCAAGCCCAAGCUGGCGGUGAGCGGCCUUUGGAAGGACAGCAUCUACAGGCGCUGUCUCUACCUUCAGCUGGAGCAUGUGGAAAGGGAGCUGCGGCUGGUGGGGCCCCAAGGCUUCCUGCAUUGCCACAGCCAUGCCCAGGCCCUCAGGCAGCUAGACAUCCUGAAGGGUCACCUCUGGGGACAGCCUGGUACCCCAGCACUGGCCUAUCCCAGCACGCCUCGGGCCAGCAAGUCCCCUCAUGGCCUGCCCUGGUGGUGUGUCCUAGUUGGCUGGCUCCUGGUGGUGACCACUAGUGGGGUGGCGGCCUUCUUCACAAUGCUGUACGGUCUACACUAUGGAAGAUCCAGCUCCCUCAAGUGGCUCAUCUCCAUGGCUGUGUCCUUUGUGGAGAGUGUGUUCAUUACUCAGCCCCUGAAGGUGCUGGGCUUUGCUGCUUUCUUUGCGCUGGUCUUGAAGAGAGAGGAUGAUGAAGAGACCUUGCCCUUAUUUCCAGGACAUCUGUCUAGCCCAGGUCCCUAUGUCUUGUUCCGAUCACGAAGGCGCAGCAGCAAGCAUGCUUACCAGCCUCCUCCCAUGGCUGCCAUUGAGAAGAUGAAAGCUACUUGCCUCAAGGAGCAGAAAGCAUUUGCUCUCAUCAGAGAAAUCCUGGCUUACCUGGGCUUCCUGUGGAUGCUGCUGCUGGUGGCCUAUGGGCAAAGGGACCCCAAUGCUUACCACUUCAACAGACAUCUGGAACGUAGCUUCACUCAAGGCUUUUCACCUGUCCUGGGCUUCAGAGGGUUCUUCGAAUGGGCCAACACCACUCUUGUGAAGAACCUAUAUGGUCAUCACCCAGGCUUUGUCACUGACGGGAACGCCAAGUUGGUUGGCAGUGCCCACAUUCGCCAAGUGAGGGUCCAGGAAAGCUCUUGCACUGUUGCCCAGCAGUUACAGGAUUCUUUUGAUGGAUGCCAUGCGCCAUAUUCCCUGGAUGUUGAAGACCUAGCAGACUAUGGAGAAGGCUGGAAUGCCUCUGCCCACAAUAACAUCAAUGGCUUCCCUCAGGCGUGGCGGUACCAGAGCCAGAGCCAACGCCGGGGUUACCCCAUGUGGGGCAAACUUACUGUGUACGGGGGAGGAGGCUAUGUGGUCCCCUUGGGAACUGAUCACCAAAGUGCCUCAAGGAUUCUCCAGUACCUCUUUGACAACAGCUGGCUGGACACCCUGACCAGAGCAGUGUUUGUGGAGUUCACUGUCUACAACGCCAACGUGAAUCUGUUCUGCUGUGUCACACUCACACUGGAGACCAGUGGCCUGGGUACUUUCUUCUCACAUGUGACCCUGCACAGCCUGCGCCUGUACCCCUUCACGGAUGGCUGGCAUCCUUUCGUGGUGGCGGCUGAGCUCCUUUACUUCCUCUUCCUCUUCUACUACAUGGUGGUGCAGGGCAAGCUCAUGAGGAAGCAGAAGUGGGGUUACUUUUGCAGCAAGUGGAAUCUUCUGGAACUGGCCAUCAUCAUGGCCAGCUGGAGCGCCCUCGUGGUAUUUGUAAAGAGAACUAUCCUGGCAGAUCGAGACCUCCAGCACUACCGGAAGCACAGGGGCGAGGGAAUCAGUUUCAGUGAGACAGCAGCGGCUGAUGCUGUGCUUGGUUACGUCAUCGCCUUCCUCGUCCUGCUGUCCACAGUGAAGCUUUGGCACUUGCUCAGGUUGAAUCCCAAAAUGAACAUGAUCACAUCAGCACUGCGCCGCGCCUGGGGUGACAUCUCAGGCUUUGUCACCAUCAUUCUUGUCAUGCUCCUGGCGUAUUCCAUUGCGUCAAAUUUAGUAUUUGGUUGGAAACUCCGUUCCUACAAAACCCUCUUGGAUGCAGCAGAAGCAAUGAUCAGCCUUCAACUGGGGAUCUUCAACUACGAAGAGGUCCUGGAUUAUAGCCCCAUUCUUGGCUCCCUUCUCAUUGGGUCCUGCAUAGUUUUUAUGACAUUUGUGGUACUGAAUCUGUUUAUCUCUGUCAUUCUGGUGGCCUUCAGCGAGGAACAAAAGUCUGACCAGCUGUCAGAGGAAGGAGAGAUUGCAGACUUGCUCCUCAGGAAAACCCUCAGCUUUCUGGGCAUCAGAUGUAAAAGGGAGGACACUUGGAGCAGCAGUGAGAAGCCAGAGUUGUCUCCCCAGGCUCUGUCUCCUCAGCCAGCACAAGCUUUGUCCCAGGUUUAAACUGUUCAUCCACAGGUCAGAAGCGUCCAGCCUGCACUUGCCAGUCCCUCUGGCGUCCCACUGGAGUACUGGC